AUGGCCAAUUUGGUGCUGCUCGAAGUGCGCUACGUUCUGGCGUCGAUCUGCUACUCGUUUCGAUGUUUCUCGUCGACGAUUGCGUUUUCCCGGUUCGAGAAUGCCCUCUACUGGCUGAUGUCGCUCAUCCCGAUGGCGUGUUUGUGCAUUCCUCAGUUCAUCUACCUGCUGCUAGACACGGAAAGUCUCUUCGAAUUCGUAUCGGUCCUGGUGCCGUUCACCGAGAUCGCGCUGACCAAUGUGAAAAUGAUUCUCUGCAACGUGAAACGGUCCGAGAUCAUAAGCCUCAUCAACCAGGUGCAGACUGAGUGGAUGAAAUUCUGCGAGCUGGUGGCAGCCACCACGAAGAAAGUUCGCUUGUUCACGAUAAUCUACACGUCGCUGUUCGGAUUCCUGGGCCUUGAGUUUGGGAUGCUGCCACUGUUCAAGCUUAUCUACUACACGGUGUUUAGCUCGGGAACCGCGAACUACACCGUCACCCUGCCGUACACUCAAAGGUAUUUUUAUAGCACCGAGGGAAAUGUGAGCUUUACCGUCACGUACUUCUGGAUUAUUGUGGCCGUUUACUUGAUUGUGAUGUCGCUUAGUGCAUUCGACUGCUUGUUUGCCACGCUGGCCAUGCAUAUUACAGGGCUGUUUAAGCUGUUGAAUCUCGAAGUCGACCAGAUGAGUGUAGAGCUGCGGGCCGGCGUAGACGCCAAGCAGAUGCGACAGACCUUCAAGCGCAUCGUCCUGAAGCACAAGACCUACCUGUCUCUUAUAGACCGUCUGGAGGACGCGUUCAGCUUUUACAUGAUUCUGCAAUUUCUAACCAGUUCGAUCGUGCUCUGUGUCGUACUCUACGAGUUAACGACGGUUUUCGGUUGGAACGAUGCCACCAUCAAAACGGCGACCUACCUACCGGGGGCCAUCAUACAACUUUACGUGUUCUGCUGGUACGCACAGGAAAUGACCGAGGAGUCAGCCAUGGUGGCCGAUCACAUCUACAACAUCCCCUGGUAUCUGGGUGAUACUAAGCAGCAGAAAAUGUUUCUCACGUUGAUGGUGAAAGCCCAAAAGCCUGCCGGUGUCACGGCGGGCAAGUUCUACCUGAUUACGCUUCACAGCUUUCAACGAAUCAUCAGAGCAUCCUAUUCGUACUUUACAUUGCUUAAAACAGUAAACCAACAAUAG